GCCGCGUCGCCUCCAUGUCAGGUCCACUCACCUGCAAGGUGCGCAACGAAGAUGAUGGCCAUGAACGGCAAGCAGCACUUCUCCAUGCACCCUGCGUUGCACCCGGGCUCCGAGGGCAUGCGGCGGGUGUGCCUGCCUGCCCCGCAGCUCCAGGGCAAUAUAUUCAGCGGCUUUGAUGAGAGUCUGCUGGCCCGCGCGGAAGCUCUGGCGGCGGCUGACAUCGCGUCUCACGGCAAGAGUCACCCUUUCAAGACGGACAUCACCUACCAAACCAUGAGCAGCGUGCCCUGCACCUCCUCUUUGUCCACAGUGCCCAUAUCCCACCCUUCAUCCAACUUGCCCUCGCACCACCACCACCACCACCUCAGCCACCAGAGCCUGGACGGGGAUCUGCUCGACCACAUUUCCUCCAGUUUAUCGGUCAGCGGCAUGGGUGCGCCGCCCGACCCGUCGGGGAUGACCACUCAAGCCCACCAGCACCACCUGCAAAUGGGUCACUUGCACCAAGCCAUGGCCAUGGGUCACCCGCACACCCUGUCGGUCCACAACGGGAUGGCGUGCAUCAACGACGUGGAGUCCGAUCCCAGAGAGCUGGAGGCGUUCGCGGAGAGGUUCAAGCAGCGGAGGAUAAAGCUUGGAGUGACCCAGGCGGAUGUGGGCUCUGCCCUUGCCAACCUGAAGAUCCCAGGGGUCGGCUCUCUCAGCCAAAGCACCAUCUGCAGGUUCGAGUCCCUAACCCUGUCCCACAACAACAUGAUCGCUCUCAAACACGUCCUCCAAGCCUGGCUGGAGGAGGCCGAGGCGGCUUACCGGGAGAAGAACGGAAAACCGGAGCUUUUUAACGGGGCCGAGAGGAAACGAAAGCGCACGUCCAUCGCGGCGCCCGAGAAGCGAUCGCUCGAGGCGUAUUUUGCCAUCCAGCCGCGACCGUCGUCGGAGAAAAUCGCGGCGAUCGCAGAGAAGUUGGAUCUAAAGAAGAACGUGGUUCGGGUUUGGUUCUGUAAUCAGCGGCAAAAACAGAAACGGAUGAAAUAUUCGGCAGUGCACUAGUGCUGGUAGAGCAAAGUAGACAUUUUAGGAACACCAAAUGCAGGGAUCUAAAUCUUUUCUUUUGAGAAGCCUAUACCUCCAAAUGAUGGGACCAGUGUGCGAAUUAUUCCAGGGGUCCUGAACCCCUAAUAAAGGCUUGACCUCUCUCAUAAAUAAGUCAAAUGAUCUUAUUUGCACAUUUUUGCAGCAUUUCAGUAACGACAAAAGUUACAUUAAAAGUUCAUUAAGUCGUGGCUUGUGUGCCUGAGGAAACCAUAACAACACAAGUUGUUCAAACACUUUCAACGAGCAUUAAAAUCGGGAUUUACAUAAAUCAAUAAAGCAAA